GUGGCGACGGUAUCAGGUCGAAACUAUCUAUAGAACUGGUACUUCAUAAUCUAUCUCUAAUCGGGAUGGCAGAUGAUAACGAAGAGCCACCUGCAGAAGACCCCAUUGAGCCAGCGCCCAUGGUGGAUGACAGCGUCCCCGCAGAGCGUAGCGGGCAUGUGGCAGUGACUGACGGAAGGAAGAUGUUUGUCUGGGGGGGUUAUAAGAAUGCUCCAUUUAGAGGGUUUCCUGAUUUUUACCUGCCUAAAGAUGAAUUAUGGGUCUAUGAUAUGGAAGGUGGAAACUGGCAGAGACUGAAAACUAAAGGUGACAUCCCUCCAUCUAUGUCUGGAAGUUGUGCUGUGUGUGCUGACCAGGUCCUUUACUUGUUUGGAGGACAUCAUGCACAAGGAAAUACAAACAUGUUCUACAUUCUCAACUUGAGUUCCAGAAAUGGAGAUUUGUUAUGGGAGAAGGUAGAUUGCAAGGGUGUUCCUCCAUCUCCAAAGGACAAGCUUGGUGUGUGGGUUUAUAAAAACAAGCUGAUUUAUUUUGGUGGAUAUGGAUAUUAUCAAGAGGACACAGUAGGAUCUUUUGAGUUUGAUGAAACAUCUUUUGGGAAUGCUGGUCUUCCUAGAGGUUGGAACAACCAUGUGCAUGUCUUGAACCUUGACACCUUUACUUGGAAUCGUCCUGUAAUUACGGGAAAAAGCCCCUCCCCGCGUGCUGCCCAUGCUUGUGCCACAGUUGGAAACAGAGGCUAUGUAUUUGGUGGCCGGUAUAGAGACUCUCGAAUGAAUGAUAUGUUCUAUCUGAACCUUGAUACCUGGGAAUGGCACGAAGUGGUAACACAAGGUAUUAAUCCUGUGGGAAGGUCAUGGCAUUCAUUAUCCCGAGCAUCAUCAGACAGUCUUUUUCUUUUUGGAGGCUUCACCACAGAUAAAUUACCUUUGAGUGAUGCUUGGAUUUACAAUCUCACUAGGAAUGAAUGGACUCCAUUUAAGAGCAAUCAUGCGGAUAAACCAAGGCUAUGGCACACAGCAUGUGCCAGUAAAGAAGGAGAGAUCUUUGUCUUCGGGGGUUGUGCCAACAACUUACUUGCACAUCAUAAAGCGGCCCAUAGCAAUGCCAUUUUAGUGUUUCCUGUGCAACCAAAGUCUCUUGUCAGGCUUUGUGUACAGACAAUAAUUGCGUUUAAGGAUAUGCUUGCAAACUCCCUGGAUUGUCUCCCAAAGCACUUGCUUCACAACGUCCAUCAACGAUUUGGAAGCGUUAACAACACCUGUGGAUCCUGAGAGAGCAAAUGAUAAUAUCUGAACAGCUGUAAAUAUAUAGAGGAUUAAUGUUGUGUGUAUUUUAGUACAUUUGCUUGUUUACAGCAAUUAGCGAUAAUCUAGUGUAAAUAUAUGUAUAAUAAAUGUUAUGAAUCAUC